GCAGCUGCACUGACAUUUGAGAUGAUCCCCAGCAGGACAAUACCCAGUAUUUGUGAAGAAGCUUCUUCAGAACAGAAGACAUUAUGUUACGAUGACACUACAUAUGUUACAGGAGGUGCAGGUGGUCUUUGGGAUAGGAGUUGGACUGCCAUCCUGUAGGCUGGAGUUGGAUUUCAGUUAUCCAGAGUGCGGCCCAGGCAAGAGCCCGCCACCGCCACAUUUGGCACCAUGAUGGAGGGGGGUAUGCAGCUGCUCAACCGCGACGGACACAGCAUCUCGCACACCAAGCGCCACUACCAUGACUCCUUCAUGUCCAUGAACCGGAUGCGGCCAGCGGGGCUUGCUUCUGUGACAUCGUGCCUCCAUGUUUCCAACAAAGAAAUCAAGGCGCACAAAGUGGUGCUGGCCUCGUGCAGCCCGUACUUCCACGCAAUGUUUACCAAUGAGAUGUCAGAGAGUCGGCAGACCCACGUGACCCUUCAUGACAUUGACCCCCAGGCUUUGGAGCAGCUGGUCCAGUACGCCUACACGGCGGAGAUCGUGGUGGGAGAAGGCAACGUGCAGACUUUGCUCCCGGCUGCCAGCCUGCUCCAGCUCAACGGGGGUGCGGGACGCCUGCUGUAGUUUCUCCUCAGCCAGCUGGACCCGUCCAACUGUCUGGGCAUCCGGGGUUUCGCCGACACUCACUCCUGCAGCGACCUGCUCAAGUCGGCACACAAGUAUGUUCUGCAGCACUUUGUGGAGGUGUCGAAGACCGAAGAGUUCAUGCUGCUGCCGCUCAAAACGGUGCUGGAUUUAAUCUCCAGCGACAAUCUCAACGUUCCGUCUGAAGAGGAGGUUUUACGAGCCGUGUUGAACUGGGUGAAGCAUGAUAUUGACGGACGCAGGCAACAUGUCCCAUGGCUGAUGAAGUGUGUGCGGCUGCCACUGCUGAGGCGAGACUUCUUGAUGAGCAACGUGGACACGGAGCUGCUGGUGCGUCACCACUCGGAGUGCAAGGACCUGCUGAUUGAGGCUCUCAAGUACCACCUGAUGCCGGAGCAAAGGGGCGUGCUUAGCAACAGCCGGACGCGCCCGCGACGCUGUGAGGGCGCCAGCCCUGUGCUCUUCGCCGUUGGCGGUGGCAGCCUGUUUGCCAUCCAUGGGGACUGUGAGGCCUACGACACCAGGACGGAUCGCUGGCACAUGGUGGCAUCCAUGUCCACUCGGCGGGCGCGAGUGGGUGUGGCGGCCAUCGGGAACCGACUCUAUGCUGUCGGCGGGUAUGAUGGCACGUCAGACCUGGCAACCGUGGAAUCCUACGACCUCACCAAUUCUUGGCAGCCUGGUUCCAUGGGAACACGGCGGAGCUGUUUGGGCGUGGCGGUCCUUCAUGUGCUGUAUGCUGCAGGAGGGUAUGAUGGUGCUUCCUGCCUCAAUAGUGCAGAACGUUACGAUCCUCUGACAAGUACGUGGACCUCAAUUGCUGCAAUGAGCACACGCCGGAGAUAUGUCCGAGUAGCCACUCUGGAUGGCAGCUUGACGCAGUUGGCGGGUUAUGACAGCUCUUCUCAUCUCGCAAGUGAGAAAUAUGACCCUCAGAGUAACACGUGGACCGCCAUCGCCAACAUGCUGAGUCGGCGCAGCAGCGCUGGGGUGGCUGUGCUCGAUGGCAUGCUGUAUGUGGCAGGGGGCAAUGACGGCACCAGCUGUCUGAACUCUGUGGAGAGGUUCAACCCCAAGACCAACACAUGGGAAGGAGUGGCCCCCAUGAACAUCCGCAGGAGCACUCAUGACCUUGUAGCUAUGGAUGGUUGGUUAUACGCGGUGGGUGGAAACGACGGAAGCUCCAGUCUUAACUCCAUUGAAAAGUACAACCCACGCAGCAACAAAUGGGUGGCGGCUUCCUGCAUGUUCACGCGACGGAGCAGCGUGGGCGUGGCCGUGCUGGAGCUCCUGAAUUUUCCACCGCCAUCCUCGCCGACCCUUUCAGUUUCCUCUACCAGCCUUUGACACGGGGUCACCACUUGGCUGACCUCAGCCUCUGCUGCUACAGCCCAGACUGGAUCUGGGAAAAGACGCAACUGCUCUGUUUGAGAUGGAGAGACACCGACACGUGAAGGAAAAAGGAAGCGAGUGCACUGGUAAAUGGAUGGAAGGGAGGCAUCCAAUGAGGUUUAACGGUGCCCAGGUAGAAAUAUUGGUACCCUGGUAUGAUUGACCAAGUGUAGAACAUUAGUAACACGCAUAACCCUGUAGUUAAUGUCAUUUUCCAUUAGUAAGUCUUCAGUUUUCAUUGUAUUAAAACACAUGAGCAGCAAUCUAAUGGUUCAUUUAAAACAAAAAUGAAUUGAUUGAGUUACGCUUCAUGUAACACUGUAAAUACACAACUGUUGUAGUUUUGUCUCUGAAUAUACUAACAUGGUCACUCGUGAUAACUCUCAAAAACGGUCAGAAAAUUGUAUAUUAAUUGAUGUAAACACCUUUCUGGAAAGUCAUAGUCUCGUUUUAACCGCUUAAGCGUUGAACAGGUUUUUUUCAUUAGUGGCUGCCCCUGCCAUUAAUUCUGCAUUGCACCGCGUUGAGUCUGGAUGUCUCAAAACCCCGACUGUGCCGCCCAACCAUACAGCUACCAGCUCGCACUCUUUCCGAGAUUGCAAAGACGAUUAAUCGCUUAGAUGAAAAUGCGCAAAACUUCCUCAAGAUCCCAAUUCUGCUCCUCCACUAUUGUGUUUGACACACAGUUUCGUGAUUGUUGGUCGGCAUUUAUUUAUUACAUGUAACAUUUUGUUUUGAUAUUGUCCUUUAUAAGCCCCUCCCCCUCCCGCCACCAUGUCAGGAUUUAUUUGCAAUAAUGUAUAAAAGAGAAAACUCGAUUUAUUGAACUUUUGGAAAUGUAGCUUUUGAAUGGUUCUACCAUGCAUGUUUACACACCGGCAGAGACUCCCCAGGAGGUAAAAUGUUGUAGUGCUGCUAUGCCACACUAGGUGGCAGUAACAGGCAAUGUUAUAGUCUAUACACCCCACCCCACCCCAAAACCAGCAUGGAUUGCAACAGCAGAAGUGAGACCCCUGAGAACUGUAGAGUCUGACUCUAACAGAGAAUUCUAUGUUAUAUGUAUUUAUUAAAAAUGUAAAUUCUAUUAUGUUUUAAAGGGUGCUUUAAGGAAAAAAAAGAUCAGACCUAUGUGUAAUUUAAGAGUGGUAAAAAUAUAUAUUUAUUCUUGUGAGAUGCAUAUCGUAAAAGGAAAAAUGUUGAACGUUGAGAGGCGUUUGAGUGCUGUCGACUUUGUGAUAUGCUGCAUGUUCAUUUCGUCACUGCCACAAGCAUGGACACAUGACGCUCUUCCUUACGGCCUGCUGUUUGUACAACCACAUUAUUUGCUUUCCAACCUGUUGACCAGCUAAUAAAAACUCUGCAUUGUGUUAUACUGGGUAGCGAGUGAAGUCACCCACUGCGAACUUGCCCCAGAUGAAGUCACCCCCAUUCCAGCUAUCUAUGCUUAUUUUCUUAAAUAAUUAAGAAGACUAGUUUCAAGUUAGGGACCUGCCAUGUGAUGUAUAGAACUGAUCAGUGCGCCCUGCUUCUCCCAUCAAUGGGGCUUUUACCUGACAAUUACAUUCCUGACCUUAAAAAAAAAUCUUCUUGCAUACAAAACUUAAGAACAGUGUAUUAUGCCACUGGUAUGUAUAAUUAAUUAGUUCAUGAACAUAUCAGAAUUGAAAUAUUGUUACUAGAGUGGGGUGACUUCACCUGGACUGGGGUGACUUAACCUGGGGCAGGUUCACAGUGGGGUGACUUCACUAUGAACCCUUAUACUGUACAUGAUAUUGCAGCUGAAAAACAUUUGCUCACUGACACUCCACAAAGUGUGGCUCUCAUAAAGUUACCUCAUCGUAAAAAAAAAAAAAAAAAUACAUCCAAGUCUACCACAACAAAGUUUCUCGAGAGACAUGAAAGCUGUAAUUAACCACAAACAUACUGGUUCUAGAAUCCGCAGUGGAUGACUCGAGAACUCCACAAAGUUUUGGCGCGUCUGACGUCAAAGUUUGGUUUGAGCCUUUUGUGACUCAGUUCUCAAUACCCAGGUUGAGUUCAGUUCAUGUGUAGCGAAGUACCAUUCCAAACUUCUGAGAAUUGCCCUUUUUCCUUGUUUUGGAAGGAUUUUUGUUGUUUUGCAUUCAGUUUAUGUAUUAAAAAGUUUACUUUUCUUUUAGCAUUUGGAGAGAAGCCUGUAGAAUCAGGGCUGUGACAGUCCUUAUGGAUGUGUGUGUUAUUAUUUGCAAGUCAGAUUUCAAGCGAAAGCUGCAAAAAAAAACAUAAGACCUGUUCCUCGGUUAUUUGGAUUAGACUGUAAAUAGCAUACAAAAAUGCUCGUUAUCUUAAAAUACAUUUGUGCAAUUUCAGUGUGAUGAGAUUUGUUUUUUUCCAGUUUGUGUUCAACAUGGGUGAAAAUAUAAUUUUUAUUUAUGUGAGACUUGAAGUAUUAUUUUGCACUAUUGCAAAAUGGAGCAAUACACUGUAAAACCUGAAAUAAAGACACUUUCAGAUGUGGGAA